CUUGAAAGUAUUAUAGCCGGCUAUUAGAUAACCUUAAUCCAAUAAUAAUCAAGCCUUCAGCAUCAGUGGGGCUGGCAUUAAUAUAAGCUCCCCCAUGACCCAAAGAAACAAACCCUCCUCUUUGCCUUACCCACCACAAUCGCAAAUACCGCCAUCAUCAUCAUCUGCCAGCGCUGUGUCUCCAACGUAUCCACCGCAACCGCUGUUAAUCAGACCACAGCCACCACGGAUAUAUGAGUUCACUCCUCAACAAGGUGUCGAAGGUGAUCUGCUGACGAUCACUCUCGCCUCUGAUCAACCUGGACUCCCUCUCAAGAUAGGAUUUGGUUCAUUUAUUGCUGAUACGAAACAAUUGCAACAUCCCACAUACACCACAUUAACGACUAGAGUACCCUCAUUUUCUCUCACGCGGUGUCAUGAGCUUGGCGUUCCGUUAUCUAUAAUAGCAUGGAGUGGUGACAAUGAAGUAACCGACAGCUGGCUUGUCGGUUACUUCUUUUAUAAUAAUUUGGCACCUUCUGCCGAUGAUCAAAAUCUUGGACAAAGAAAACGAAGUGCUGAUGAUCCCGUCGACUACGAAAAAGCUUACAAACGACUGAGCGGAGGAAGUGGCACGGGAUCGUCAGCAUCAAGGACCGAAGACACGACUCCUUCUGCUACUGGCUAUAUGACAGGCAAUGCACCUACCUACUCUAGUACAAACCAAUUUUAUAAUAUUGCUCCCGCACCAAGUGCAUCGGCGGCUUAUGGAGCGUCUGGAUUCCGUGCUGACGAAACUGCAAGGAAUUUCUUCCCAGAAGCCGGCCAAAUCAUGGGGGUUGGCUACCCUUACCGGCCACCACCGCCUUCUCAGGUUGCGUCGUCCACCUCGACGUCUCAGGCCAUGUCCGAUCCAUCGCACGAAUAUGCUGGCGCCCGCACGUCCGAUAUAGUCGGUAACCCGCCACCUGGAAUGCCACCCACUGGCAACAUCGCCAUGUCCAACGUCCCUUACGACAUGUCUCAGACAUCACCUAAUUACAUAACGCCGCAGCCUCCUCCUUCCAUAUCGACGGAUUUUGUCCAUCAAGGUCACCAUGCAAAAUCCAGUCUUGCCAUAUCACCAUCCGAUUCUACGUCCCAUUCAUAUCUGGAACAAACCUCUAGCGAAUUCAAUCCGUAUGCACAACUUCUCAAUAAGGCGAACCUAAUUAUUGACGGUGACUUGGAUUCCAUGGCGCUUAAUUGGACUCCGGAAGAAUGGGAUAACCGGCGUCGUCUGGUACAGUUUUGGCGAAGACAAGAAAACAACGAGAUCAUUUGUACGUUUGCCCCAGUUGCGCCAGGCGAUCGCCAACCCAACAGCAUUGUUGUGUCUUGCAUUUACUGGGAAGAUCGAAAUGAAUGCUUCAUUACGUCGGUCGACACCAUAUUUUUAUUGGAAAGUUUGAUUGGCGUGCGUUUUACAGUGGAGGAAAAAAACCGGAUACGGAGAAAUCUUGAAGGCUUUCGUCCGCUCACUGUCAGCAAGCUCAAACCUGACAGCGCCGAGUUUUUCAAACUGUUGAUGAGUUUUCCAAACCCCAAGCCUCGUAAUAUUGAGAAAGACGUCAAAGCCUUUCAUUGGAAGACUUUACCGUUGGCUCUCAAAAAGAUCAUAGGCAAAUAUACUGCGAGCUAUUCUAGUACGGCCAGUGUCAAUCUCGAUGCAUUGCAAAGUGCCUAUCCACCCGUUGGUACUUCACAGCAAAUAUCUCCAACUCAACUCAACGCACCGUCAACCUCUACUAUUAGUCAACCACCGUCAACCUCUCAACAGCAGCAACUACAUACUCUGGACGAACCUCCUCAACACGCUUUAUUUGAUCCAGACUCUAUUCAGGAUUUUGCUCAACAACCUGAAGGGUCUGACUUCAAUUCGAACAAUAUGUAGUUUUGCUUCAUUCGCAAUGCGGUGACCACCACCUUUUUUUUUUUUCUUUGAUAAUCCUUAAUCUUCACUCUCUGUACAAUUCUUUACUUUUUACUUCCAUCAUACGUCUUUUUUAUUCUUUCAUCUGUAAAAUGCUAUCACUCUCCACUUUAUUUACAUCUUUUUUCCCCCUCAUUGUAUGUAGAAACACCGCACAGUAAUCACAUAAUCCAAAAAUUCAUAUUUACAAAGUGAUAGUUUGCUAUGACGAGG